AGUCGAUCAAAUGAAACAUAACACUGAAUGUCCUAGAGCUCUUAAUUUGAUUUCUUUGAUUCCUACCUAUUCAUUCAUCCUACCAUCAUUUCUACCCUGUUAGCUUUUUUUCUUGUGUCAUUAAGAUAUCUAAGUAGAUACUAGAUGCACUAGUAAGAUUAUGGGACACCUUACACGCAAGCAUCGCGACAAGCUAUAUUUGGCAGCAGGAGUACUGGCAAUAUGGUGGUCAUUUUCAGCCAUUUUUAAUGGCACUUCUAUAACAGAGUUUGCUCGGCUUCAACGGCAUAUGAACAGUAAAAUAAUAUCUUCGCAAACUACGAGCAUAAGUAGCUUCGAUUGGAGUGGUGUAUCUUUCCGCUAUCCACCCGGCUCAUUAACACCACUCCCUACCGGCAACCCAUCUCAAACUCUUCCUGCUGUACAGAAGAGGUUCUCUUCAGAAGGAUCGCCAGCACUAAAACUUCGAGAACGAAGGCGCCGUGAAGUUAGGGAUACCUUCGUAGGUGAUUGGGGGGCGUACAAGAAGUAUGCAUGGAUGAAAGAUGCCCUGAAACCCCUAUCUAUGGGCUAUCAGGACCAGUUUAGCGGAUGGGCUGCUACGCUCGUCGAUUCACUCGAUACCCUCUGGAUCAUGGGUCUCAGAGAAGAGUUCGACGAGGCUGUAGAUGCAGUGUCUGAAAUAGAUUUCGGAAAGUCUAGUUCUGGAAGAGUCAAUACCUUCGAAACGAAUAUUCGGUACUUAGGUGGUUUAAUGGCCGCUUAUGAUCUUAGUAAGCGGGACGUCUUGCUUACAAAAGCUGUUGAACUUGGUAACCUUCUCUAUGGCGCUUUCAACACUGAGAAUCGUAUGCCUGUUGACUUCAUUGAUUUUGAAGCAGCCAAGACAGGGGACGGAUUAAUCGUGGAAGGAUCAGUUGUUUCUGCUUCGCCCGGCACAAUAUCACUUGAAUUUACACGCCUGUCACAACUCACAGGCGAUCCUAAAUACUACGACGCUAUUUCACAUGUUAUGGACGUGUUUUACGAAGGUCAAAAUAAGACACAACUUCCAGGGCUGUGGCCUACGAUGGUAUCAAUGAGUCGGAAAGAUGUGGUUUCGGGAAAUCAGUUCACUCUUGCUGGCUGCGCAGAUAGUCUUUAUGAAUACCUCCCAAAGGCCUAUGCACUUCUUGGUGGCCACGAGCGAAGAUACGAGAUUAUGAGCAUAGGGUUCAUGGAAGCAGCUAAAAACUUAUUCUUUAGGCCUAUGAUACCUGGUGGCGAAGACAUACUUAUGCCAAGUAGCGGGUCAGUUGAUGAAGACGGAAAUGUCUACCUAGACGAAGAAACAGAACAUCUGGCUUGCUUCCUCGGAGGGAUAUAUGCACUCGGUGGGAAGUUAUUCAGUAAUAAAGAGUACGUUGAUAUUGGGAGCAAGCUAACGCUAGGUUGUGUGUAUGGGUAUCAAUCUUUCCCUACUGGAAUGAUGCCCGAGAGGGUCAAUAUGGUUGCCUGCGAUAACUUGCAUACCUGCGAGUGGGACCAAAAACGUUUCGACAAAGAAAAGAGGAAACGACCUGAGUAUAAGGAACAUCUACCACUAGGUUUCACGACAGCUAAAGAUCCUCGCUACAUCUUGAGGCCAGAGACUAUUGAAAGUGUUUUUGUGAUGUAUCGCAUUACUGGGAACCAGAUGUGGCAGGAUAUUGGAUGGAAAAUGUUCACAGCGGUAUCUAAGGGGACCGAGACCGAGCUAGGAACACACGCGGCGGUUGAGGAUGUCACUCGUGCUGAUAUACCACUUCCACAAUCUGAUUAUAUGGAAAGUUUUUGGCUUGCAGAAACUCUCAAGUAUUUUUACUUGCUUUUUAGUCCCCCUGAUGUAAUCAGUCUAGACGAUUAUGUGUUAAACACAGAGGCGCAUCCCUUCCUAAGGUCUUAGGAACCUGAGAGUC